AUCGGGAGUUAACAAUAUCUUUGCAUUUAUAGAUCCUAGUCGGACAGAGAGGUCUCAUGUUCGGUGGAUCAGGAGGAACCUUCGUUAUUAUGAUGGAUGGCGAAUACACUGAACGACCUCUUAUUGUAUCUGGGGGUGCUGGAGGUGCAGCGGCACCUAACGGCGGGACAAACUACGGGAUUAGUGACGCCAGCAUAACAAGUGACGCUAAGUCAGGCUCGGUAACAACUGACAUGGAGGGAAGGGGUGGAACUAAUGGUGGAGGUGGGGAACAUGGAAGCAGCUCGGGAGGUGGAAACACACCAGGCGGUGGUGCGGGGUAUAUGAGAAACGGAGGCAAUUCACCGGAUCGUCGAUUUAGGCCGCUCCCAACACCAGCAUACGCCACCAAAGGAACCAACAACCCAGCUGACACCACGGCACCGGGUACUGGUGGUACUUACAACUAUAACAACAGGGCUAACUAUAACGGGGGGUUCGGCGGAGGAGGUUCUGGGGCGAAAAAUGCUCCAGGAGGAGCGGGAGGGUACUCCGGAGGCGGCGGAGGAGUGGUGGAUGGAUUCUCCGGAGGAGGGGGGUCGUUUGUGGACAGUGAAAGAGUGACAAACCACAGAGUAGAAGCAAACAAUAGAGGAUUGGGUGAGGUCCGUAUCAGAUACUUGGGCGAGUCGCUUAUUAUAAACCAAGACAUGAGAGAGAACAACUAGAAGUUUAGUGGCAACUUGUUCAAACACCUGCCACGUAAGAGCUGCAAUUCCCAUCGCGCUGGUUUGCCGCAGUGGUCCUCGCAAUACAGUUACAAUGUUCGAAAUGUAUUUAAGUAAUUUAAAUGAAUUUGGAAUAUUUGAUUUUUUUUGCGCCACUUGAACGCAAUUUGUAAAAAGACGAAGCGAUUUUUUAAAUUAGACUUGUGGUCACGUGUCUUUUGCUAUUGUUAUCAAUAAAAGAAAUAUCUAAAUAUA